AUGGGGAGGGCGUCCCUCAUCACGGUCGCAAGGGGCACCCGGCACCCGAGGAGAGACCAUGCUGGAGAGGGGGGGGAGCCUCCCGGAGGUGUUCUUGUCAACAAGGAGCCAGGAAGCGUGGGGAGUGGGCGCAGGGGUGAAGACCGAGGAGGAUCUAUCACCUCUGUGCUCACGAUUCACAAUUAUUCCCAGCCUUGCUUCUUUCCUGAGGACCAGCCUCACAUGACCAAGGACCUGCGAGCAUGUCUACCUGUCCAACCAGCAGGCACGGAGGACCAGCCUCCAAGCGGCCACACCCUAUGGUCUGUCUGUCCUGAGGGCGCCGUGCUCUCCUCCAUCUGCACAGCCUGGACCCCCACGCUCCCCGCCCGGCUCUGCCUCGCCUGUGCUCUCAGGACACCCAGCACGCGGCGGGGGCCUGGGCACGAGAGGUUCUGCUCGGAGUCCAGGGCGAGUCCUCACGGGUACUCUCCUCCAGGGCUGAGUGUGGGCCUGGGGACCCAGGUGCAGGCAGAGGGAAGGCCAGCUCUAGGGGACAGACUGAGGCCACCAGAAGCUGGGGACAAGGCCAACUUCUUCAUCCCAUACGUGACCCAGGACUACGCAGGGAGCUGUCACUGUUACUAUAUCAGCCACACUGGCUUGUCAGAGCCCAGUGACGCCCUGGAGCUGGUGGUGACAGGUGAGAGGACACUCAGGGGGCCCAGCCUCAGGCUCUGCCCUCAGAGCAAACCCGCCCUCUCAGCCCUGCCCAGCCCUGUCGUGGCCUCAGGAGGGAACGUGACCCUCCAGGGUGGCUCACGGCAGGGAUGUGACAGGUUCAUUCGGACUAAGGAAGGAGAACUCAAGCCCUCCUGGACUCUGCACACACAGAGAUACCCUAAUAGGCAGACCCGGGCCCUGCUCCCGGUGGGCCCCGUGACCCCCAGCCACAGGGCGACGUUCAGAUGCUAUGGCUGUUUCAGAGACAAACCCCAGGUGUGGUCACCCCCCAGUGGCCCCCUGGAGCUCCUGGUCUCAGGGGGCUCUGGGAAGCCCUCCCUCCUGACCCCGCAGGGCCCUGUCGUGGCCUCUGGACAGAGCCUGACCCUCCAGUGUCGCUCUGCCAUCAGCUACGACAGGUUCGCUCUGGCCAAGGAGGGGGCACGGGACCUCCCCCAGCGCCCUGCCCGGCAGCCCCAGGCUGGGCUCUCUCAGGCCCACUUCCCCCUGGGUGAGGUGAGAGGCCUCCAUGGGGGCCGAUACAGGUGCUGCGGUGGACACAACCUCUCCUCCCUGUGGUCGGCCCCCAGGGACCCCCUGGACGUCCUGGUGGUGUUCCUGGCCGAGUUCUCCAUGAGUCCCGUGACCUCAGCCCACGGGGGCACCUACAGGUGCCACGGCUCACUCAGCAGUGACCCCUACCUGCUGUCACAUCCCAGUGACCCCCUGGAGCUCGCGGUCUCAGACGACACGGUGGGGAACCUCGUCCCGGCCGCGGCCGGCCUGAUCCUGUUGGGCCUCGGGAUUCUGCUCUUCCGGGCUCGACACGGCCGUGGAGGAACCCGAGACGCAGCCAGGAGCUGAGCACAGAGGCCGCGGGGCGCCGUCCAGAGGGGCAGAGCCUUGGCCAUGAC